CUCCUCCCUCCCUCAUUCUGACGCUCCCCCUCAUCGCCGCGGCCUCGCGCUCAUCCUCGCACGGUUACCUCCGCACCCUCACUCCUCCGCGCCGCCUGCAGACAUGGUCGAGGCUUUCGUUGGCACAUGGAACCUCAAGGAGAGCGAGAAGUUUGAUGACUACAUGAAGGAGCUGGGCGUGGGCUUCGCCACGCGUAAGGUCGGAAACAUGACCAAGCCCACCACCAUCAUCUCGGUGGAAGGCGACACGGUGACGGUGAAGACCCAGAGCACCAUCAAGAACACGGAGCUCAGCUUCAAGCUGGGAGAGGAGUUCGACGAGACCACCGCCGACGACAGGAAGGUUAAGUCCAUCGUGACAAUAGACGGCGGGAAGAUGGUGCACAUACAGAAGUGGGACGGCAAAGAGACGAGCCUGGUCAGGGAAGUCAACGGAAACAACCUCACACUGACGCUCACUCUCGGAUCGGUCGUUAGCACACGUCGCUACGAGAAGGCAGCAUAAAAAACCCCGUUGCCGUGGCACCGUCACCCAGACUCCCCUAACGGUUCGACAAACUCAUGAUACGGCUGCUGCUGAUUCCGUUUGAUGUCCCUUCAUACUGUACUUUCAGUAUUAACAGUACUGCUGACUGUGACCCGUCCCCCCCCUCCCCUUUUUUACCCGUCCCCCUUUCUCUUUCUAUUUUGUUCAUCCUACCUUAAGAAACACUGAAUAAAUUCCAAUGAUUUGUUGUUGUUUUUGUUUCUCUACAAAACUCCAGGUGGUCUGUAUUUUAGUUUUUAGAAAUUGUGCUUUGCAUGGUGCCUACGAAAAACCUGGAGAAGUAUUUUCCCUGUGAGAGUUACCAAAAAGAAAUAAAAAAUAAACAUGUCCGCCGUUGGACUAACUGGUUAAGAAAUGAAA